AUGGAUCAGAGCGAGAGUAAUCCUCCAAUGAUUCCCAAGUGGUCGGAGCUUUGUCCGGACAUGCUACGAAGUGUUUUCCAAAGAUUGAGUUUCACAAAUCUGAAGCGAGCUAAAUCAGUUUGUAGGUCAUGGAACUCUGCUUCGAGAGGCUGCGUCCCCAAGCGAAAUCAGAUUCCUUGGCUGAUACUCUUCCCUGAAAAGAACCAAACCAAUAGUAACAAUAAUAGUUGUGUUUUAUUCGUUCCGGAUGAUAAAGAGAAUCUUUACAAGACACGAGAUCUCGGGGCUAACUUUACACGAAGCCAUUGUGUUGCGAGUUACGGUAGCUGGCUCUUGAUGAAGCUUGACCACUUUCGUGAUCUAUACAAUUAUCAAUCCAUUGACAUUAGAGAGAAUCGAUCUACCACAGUACUCUUCGUUAUAUAG